UUCCCGGCGCUCCGGGAGCCUGCCACAGCUGCUGCCCACACCACCCUCAGCGCCUUCACUGCCAUCCCCGCUGUCCUUGCCGCCCCCGCCAUGGGCCUAGAGCUGUUUCUGGACCUGCUGUCCCAGCCCAGCCGCGCCGUCUACAUCUUCGCCAAGAAGAAUGAUCCCCUAGAGCUGCGCACCGUGGAUCUUAUCAAAGGGCAGCACAAGAGCAAGGAGUUCUUGCAGAUCAACAGCCUGGGGAAACUGCCGACGCUCAAGGAUGGUGAUUUCAUCUUGACCGAAAGCUCGGCCAUCCUGAUUUACCUGAGCUGUAAGUACCAGACGCCAGACCACUGGUAUCCAUCUGACCUGCAGGCUCGUGCCCGUGUUCAUGAGUACCUGGGCUGGCAUGCCGACUGCAUCCGUGGCACCUUUGGUGUACCCCUGUGGGUCCAGGUGUUGGGGCCACUCAUUGGGGUCCAGGUGCCCGAGGAGAAGGUGGAACGCAACAGGACUGCCAUAGACCAGGCCCUGCAAUGGCUGGAGGACAAGUUCUUGGGGGACAGGCCCUUCCUUGCUGGCCAGCAGGUGACGCUGGCUGAUCUCAUGGCGCUGGAGGAGCUGAUGCAGCCGGUGGCUCUCGGCUAUGAACUGUUUGAGGGACGGCCACGACUGGCAGCAUGGCGUGGACGAGUGGAGGCUUUCCUGGGUGCUGAGCUAUGCCAGGAGGCCCACAGCAUCAUCUUUAGCAUUCUGGAACAGGCGGCCAAGAAAACCCUCCCAACACCCUCACCAGAGGCCUAUCCGGCUAUGCUGCUUCGAUUUGCCAGGAUCCCCUGAAGGGUCCGGGAUGGAGGCCAGGAGAUUAGCAACAAGGAUUCAUUCUGUUACUUACUUGCCCCUUUUCAUCUUUCCCUCUUGCCCCAGUCCCUUGUCUCCAGCUUCAUGUGAAGCUUUGCACAGACAAGACACUCAGUGUCCUUGGCAGUGCUGCUACUCCUCAGGUGCAGCAUGCAUAACCAGUAAGAGACUAAAUCUGCAAUAUAUAAAGAGCUCCUACAAAUCAAUAACAUGAAGAACACUCAAAAAUUGGCAAACGUCAUCAGUGUUUUAAAUAGAAUAAAGAUUCCAGACACUUUGAAUAGAGAA